UCUUCCCUGUGAAGGUGGUGAGACACUGGCGGAUGUUGCCCAGAGAAGCUGUGGCUGCCCCAUCCCUCGCAGUGUUCAGGCAAUCCAAAAGCUGCUUAUGAAGAGCUCGUGGGUGUGAGCUGGGAAGAUACCUAGGGCAUGCAGGGAGGAAGCCGGCUUCCAAGAGAGAAGAGCAUUUACACUGCGCCCGUUAGCUUCGUUUUGGCAGGGAGGCUACAGAACCAAGCAGCCAGCUCCGAACCAACAGCUCUGCCCCGAGCAAGGCAGAGGACGGACUAUUCCUCCUUACGACGCUGGGUGGGGAUGUUGCCCACGGACCUGCAGGUUCCGCUGCCCACCCCGGGUUUGCAGGCGCAGGGAGACAAAAAAAGCCAUAGGAGCUAUCCGACAAGAGCUGCGCUGCUCGGAGCUUGGGUGCUCGGAAGCUUUCAAAUCCCACGACCCCGGGAUUCCUGACAAACACCGCUCUGCCUCGGACGCUGCUUAGAAAUGCUGGGAAUCAAGGAGGACUGUGGAUGGCCUUUCUGGAGAGUAAUGGCGUGCGGGAUACGGAACAGAGACAGCAAGAGGCAAGUAAUCUUGUUUUUUCUGUGCGUUUGCGUGUCUCAGAGCGCGGCCGAAACCCUCCGCUAUUCUCUGCCGGAGGAAAUGGAGAAAGACUCCUUUGUCGCCAAUAUUUCAAAGGACCUGGGGGUUUCUCCGAGCCAGCUCGCUGCUCGCAACGCCCGCGUUGUGUCCGAGGGGAACGAGCAGCUUUUCCGCCUUAAUCAAAACACCGGAGUCCUAACUGCAAAGGAGUCGCUGGACCGAGAGGAGAUCUGUCCGCAGAGUGACACCUGCAUGAUGAUCUUUAAGAUAUUCCUUGAAAAUCCGCUGCAGCUGAUCCGAGGGGAGGUAGAGAUUCGUGACGUGAACGACAACUCCCCCGUGUUCCCGGAGAAGGAGAUGGUUUUAGAGAUUCCCGAAACGGCAUCUCCUGGGUCCCGUUUCCCCCUGGAAAGCGCUCAGGACCAGGAUGUGGGCAGUAACGGUUUGCAGAGCUACAGCCUUGGAUCAAAUUCGCAUUUCUCCCUCUCUCUCGAAACAGGGAAAGAUGGAGUAAAAUACGUGGAGCUCGUCCUAGAGCGCCAGCUGGACCGAGAAGAGCAAAGAGAGCUGAAUUUACUUCUCACCGCCACCGACGGGGGCUCGCCACCCAGGUCGGGGACGGUCCAGGUCCGGAUCGUGGUGGUGGAUGCCAAUGACAACACCCCGGUAUUCGCUCGGGAGGUCUACGAGGUGCGCGUGGCCGAGAACAGCCCUCCGGAGCAGCUGGUGGUUAAAGUGACGGCCGUGGAUCCCGACGAAGGGUCCUACGGGAAAGUGCGGUACGCCUUCACCCAGACACCGGAGAGGUCCAGGCAGCUCUUUGAGCUGAACCCCGCCACAGGGGAGAUACGGGUGGCGGGCAACCUGGAUUUCGAGGAAGCGAAAACCCACAAGAUGGUGGUGAAAGCCACUGAUGGCGGAGGGCUGUCGGCGCAUUGCAAAGUGCAGGUGGAGAUCCUGGACAUGAAUGACAACGCUCCGGAGAUUGCGCUCACCUCCCUCACAGCCUCCAUCCCUGAGGCCGCUCUGCCCCGCACCGUGGUGGCCCUAUUCAGUGUGCGGGACCGGGACUCUGGGGACAACGGCAGAACAGAGUGCUCGAUCGAUGGGGAGUUGCCCUUCAGUCUCACCCCGACUUUUGAUAAUUACUACGAACUGAGAACAAACGCGGCCCUGGACAGGGAAGGGACAGCAGAAUACAACAUCACCAUCACUGCCACGGACUGGGGCACGACGCGGCUCAGCUCCCGGAAAAACCUCUUUGUGCAGAUAUCGGACGUGAACGACAAUUCCCCGGAGUUCACCCAGGAGGUUUACACCAUGUCGGUCACUGAGAACAACAGCCCCAUGCUCCGGAUAGGCAGCGUGAACGCCACGGACGCCGACGCGGGAAGCAACGCCCGCAUAAACUACGCGCUUGUGCAGCGGGAAGACGAGAAGCCCGUCGUGUCGGUCAACUCAGAAAAUGGGGAUAUUUAUAUCCUCCGCCCGAUGGACUACGAGGAGGUGCGCGCCUUCGAGGUGGCGGUACGAGCUACCGACGGCGGCUCGCCGCCGCUCAGCGCCCAGACGGUGCUGCGCGUAGUAGUGCGGGAUGAGAAUGACAACGCACCCGUCGUGCUGCACCCACCUCCCGAGAGCAGUGCAGCGACGGGUGAGCUGGUGCCGCGCUGGGCUCGGGCGGGCUACCUGGUGGCCAAGGUGGUGGCUGUGGACGCGGACGCGGGGCAGAACGCGUGGCUGUCGUACGAGCUGGCCAAGGCGACGGAGCCGGAGCUGUUCCGCGUUGGGCUGCACAGCGGCGAGGUGCGCACGGUGCGGGCCGUGUCUGAGAGGGACGCGUCCCGGCAGAGGCUGGUUGUCCUGGUGCGGGACCAGGGAAAGCCGCCGCGCUCCGCCACCGCCACCCUCGGCAUCACCCUCGUGGACGGCUUCUCCGACACCCACCUGCGAGUGAGCGAGGAGGUACCAGCGUCUGAGCCAGACGAGCCGCUGACUCUGUACCUUAUUGCCUCCCUGGCCUGUGUGUCGGCGCUGUUCCUGGCCACCGCGGUGGCCGCCGUGGCAGUGAAGGUGCGGCGGGCCAGGCAGAGUGAGGCGGAGUUCCUGCCCACGUUUCCGAAGGCUGCCACAGAGAACGCGGGAUCCCUGCCCCGCAGCUACCUGUACGACGUCUGCUUCGCCACCGGGACCGUCAACAGCGAGUUUCGGUUCCUAAGGCCCCUCUUACCCUGCUUCCCCGCCGGGCUGCCCGCCGGCCAGGGCGAGCAGCGGAGCUCGGUGUGCUCGCAAGACGCGGCUAUCCCCGGAGAGGAAGGCGACCGGUCUGCACAGGGCAGAGCUCCCCUCCCCGAAGGUGUGGGUCCCAGCCCCGCAGAAGCAGCCUACACUGCGAACAGGGGUAUGGAACUAAAUGUCAGUUCUGAUCAAAACCCUUGGCUCACCCAGGAAUAAGUGAAGAGAAAGACAAGCACGCCUGUCCUUGCUGAUGAACGUCCUCAGAGGGAAAAGGGAACAGAGACCAAACAUCCACCAAAAAGUACCAGGGAGGUGGAAAGCUUCCCUGUGUGAGCAAAACC